UUCAAAACAAAUAUUCUUGACUCGCAGGUCUUCUUUUUCCUGAGCUCAACUGAGUCAGAUGAUGGUUCAUCCAGCCUCUCGUUCUCUUUGGGCAUGUCUGUCAAGUCUGUCCUCUUCGGUGAUCUUAUUCGAGAUGUAGUAGAUGAAAACGUUGUAGUACCUAUCCUCAGUGAUUUAGACUUUUCUGAAGCUGCCUUGCUCGCAACGACAAGCCCACAAGAAGCUAGCUACCCAAACCCGCUUUCGAACGACGUGGCGACAGAAAUAUCUAGUGGCCUGGGCGUCGCCUUUACCAUGAAGCUGUCUGAAGUCGUCCCUUUCGGUACCUUCUUCCUUGGUGUUGAUGGCAGUACCUUCAAAUUCAAGGUCCUUUCUGAGGGGCCGAUUCCUGUAUCAGCCCUAGUGAGCAAAAUCAUUUCUUCUUUCUCGUCCAUCAAUCUGCCUUCUCAACUCACGGUAGCUGAUAUUCUCGCUGGCUCUCUGAAGAGUUUCGAGUACAACGCUGACAACGACGACAUGUCGGUUUCUGCAGCUAUUGAUGACUCUAUUGUUAUAGUACCCAGCAUUCUAACACUAGAUGACCUUUCAGCAACUUUUGAUAUAAAAAGUGUUGAAUCCCCACCAGCUACAAAUCAUGACUUCAGCUUUGAAUUGGAUUCUGUUUGGGACAUUGGUGGUCUUGAAUUCACCCUUUCAAUUGCUCGUGAACCAGUCAGCCAUGAUAUUUCUGCAAAGGGUUCUUUACAAGAUAAUCUACCAGUAGGUUCCCUAAUUCAACAGUUUGGAGUGUCAUUUCUCCCAUCUGUGUUGAACAAUAUUCUACAGAACGCAGGUUUCGACAGCUUUGUAAUUGCAGACCCGAGUGUCUCUAUAAUUCUGGGAGACGACUGGUCAGUCCACGUUUCUGGCACUGCAGUGAUCAAUACCUGGCAAUGUUCAGUAGAAACACUCGUUGGUAGAGUAACUAAUGACUUGGUCAUGGCCGCAGGUAUCACUUUGUCGAGUGUUGGGAUAAUUCCUGCUGUAAAAGGACUAACGGGAGGCGCCCUUGAUAUUGGGGGGAUACCAGGUGCAAGUAUUUUGUCCAAUGCUCAGGUCGCAUUUGUGAUCUCUGCUGGUUCUAUACCUGCAGAUCAGGGUUUAACAAUCUCCUCCCCACUCCUCACCGAUGUUAACAUUGUGGAGGGUGUCAACCUUGCAGCGUCUUUUACACUCCCAACCGACUGCGGGCAGGACGACUUUUGCAAAGUAAACAAACGACUCUUAGGGGCUGACAUUGAGUUGAGGCUUUUUGCAUCUCUGACCACUACCAGUGACCUACACUUAAAGGCUGUAGUAGGGACACCUGUCACAAUAUCUGACGGUAUUGUCAUGCAAAACGUCGGGUUUGAAAUCUUCGUCGGAACUAAAAUGUCAAUAGGUAUAACUGGCUCUCUCGAGUUUGAAACUCCCCCUGUGACUUUGACCGGUGGCAUCGGCCUCUCAGAAAGCGGGGUGUACCUCCAAAUGUCCACGCAGGGUAUGUGGAAUCAAGCGUUUGGACUAGAUUUCCUUUCCAUUGGUAACAUCAACCUGGAGGUUUCCAUUGCACCCGAACCCACCGUUAUUUCUUCUUUGCAAUUCGGUGGCCGGGCUGUGAUUGGGUACCAGAACGACCCAAGUGCUACUCCUAUCACAGGCGAAGGUUACAUAGGCGUGGAUAUUGUUAACCCAGGAGAAGACUACUGCAUGGGAUCAGUAAGCGCUCUGACCAUCCCGGCUGUUCUUAGUGCUUUUGGCCAGAACCUCCAGCUCCCCUCUUUCUUGUCGGACAUUGGUUUUCCUCAAGGUGUCAACUUUUCCUUUUCACCCAUUGUCCAAGCUUUGCCCAAUGGUGUUACUAUUCAACAGGGCUUCUUCUUUAGUGGCACUAUGGAGAUUCUAUUCUUCAGUGUUACUGCUGAUUUAAAAGUCGAUACAACAUCCCUUUAUGCCAGCGUCACAGUGACACCGUUCACGAUAGGUAACGGCUUGAUCCAGGUGUCUGGUUCAAGCUCGGAUACUGGUCCUGUCCUGUUAGUUGAUAUUGGCUGGGAUCCCCUCAAAGCAGAACUUCGCAUCGACGGGAGCGUUUCUGUCCUAGGCAUUCAGGCAAGCACCACGAUUACCAUGGACAGCACUGGAACUCGCUUUUCUAUCGAGGGGAACUUUCUCAAUAUCUUCUCUGCCUCUCUUGACAUCAGUGCCAACUAUGGAUCUCUGAGGGAAGCAGACUUUAUGGUUGCUGGAACAUUCAAGAACGAUCUUUUCAGCACACUUCAGGGGAAGAUUGAAACUGCACUGAACAAUAUCAUGAACGAGGCCAACAGUGCACUAGAAGAUGCCAAGAACGACGUCGCAGAAAAACAACAGGCCUGUGAUGAUGCCAGAGGACCUUUUAAUGAUGCACAAGCCGCUGUUGACAGCAAGAAAAGGGACUUCGACAAUGCAGUGGCAGCCUUGCAGGCAGAAAAGGCUAAGUUCGACAGUGCUGUCCAAAGUCUUGAUGACAAACAGCAAGAAUGUGACGGCAUGGACUGUGCGUGGUAUAAUAUACCCUGCCAAACGGAGAAAGGCGUGUGCAUAGCGGCUUUGGAGAUAGCCAAGGGGGCUGUCGAGGUCGGAAAGGGAUCAUUGAGUGCCGCACAAGGGGUUGUUGACGCCAGUAAAUUGACCCUUGACGCUGCUAUUGCUACUUUGGAAGCGACAUCAACUGUAGUCCAUGACACAUGCGAUGUGGCUCUUGUUGCGGCUGAGGAGGCCUUGACUCUCGCUGAGGAAGCCAACAAGUUUGGAACUAAGAUCGCGGAGAAGGUUGUGGACACCGUCUUUGGCACGAUUGACAUUCAGGAGCUGGGCUUCAGUGUGGAGGUAGCCGUGGCACAGACAGGACACUUCGAUGGAUGGAUGGUGGUCUCAUUCUUCCACGAAGCCGCUCAGCGAUACGACAUCACCUUCCAACUGCUGUCCAUUGACGACAUGGUGAGUGACAUAGUGGACAUCGUGGAGAACUACCUAGGGGUGUAA